UGUGGGACUGCGUGUGGAGUUGCGGCCACCUGUGCUGAGCGGUUUCGUCGCUGCAGAAAUGUUGCGCUAAGCGCGAGUGGUGUGUGCACGCUGCUGGCGCCCUCGGAAGCAGUCCGGAUUUCUACUCCUCUGACAGCGUCACACAAUCUCCGUAAAGAUGCAGAAGCCGCACGGCCUGGUGGCGGACCUGUGGCCGCUGAUCCGCAUGGUCCAGUACUCGGGCCACUGGAUGCUCGAGUACAGCGGCGGCCUCACGGCCCUGCGCGCCAUCUACAGCUCGGUCGUGUCCGUCCUGGUCGUGACGCAGUUCGCCCUCAUGGCGGUCAACCUCAUCCAGCGGUCCGGCGACGUCAACGAGCUGGCGGCCAACACCAUCACGGUGCUCUUCUUCCUGCACCCCAUCACCAAGUUCGCCUACUUCGCGGUGCGCUCCAAGGCCUUCUACCGCACGCUCGCCACAUGGAACCAGUCCAACAACCACCCGCUGUUCGCAGAAUCGCAGGCGCGCUUCCACCAGCUGUCGGUGGUGCGCAUGCGCCGGCUCGUGAUGUACGUGGUCUCCGUGACGGCGCUCAGCGUCGUGUCCUGGACCUCCAUCACCUUCAUGGGCGACUCGACGCGGGAGGUGCCCGACCCCGACAACGCCAACGAGACCAUCACCGAGGAGGUCCCCAGGCUCAUGAUCAGCACCUGGUACCCGUUCGACGCCUCUUCUGGCAUGGGCUACAUGCUCGCCUUCAUAUACCAGCUGUACUGGCUGACGGCGACGCUGAUGCACUCCAACCUGAUGGACGUGAUGUUCUGCUGCUGGCUCAUCUACGCAUGUGAGCAGCUGGUGCACCUCAAGGAGAUCAUGAAGCCGCUCAUGGAGCUCAGCGCCACGCUGGACACCGUGGUGCCGCACACCAGCGAGCUCUUCCGAGCCGCCUCCACACUGCCCACCAACGAGCCACUCUAUGGGAUGGGGCCAGACAUGAGCAACGGCGUGACGGACGGCAUGACGAUCCGCGGCAUCUACAGCAGCCAGCGCGACUUCUCGGGCUUCAACCGGCGCUCGGCGGCGCUGUCGACGGUGCGCGAGGCCGACUCGGGCGGCGCCGUCACCUCCGCCGGUGGCAUCGGGCCCAACGGGCUCAGCAAGCGCCAGGAGAUGCUCGUGCGCUCCGCCAUCAAGUACUGGGUAGAGCGACACAAGCACGUCGUCAGGUUCGUGGGCAACAUCGGGGACGCAUACGGCGCGGCGCUGCUGCUGCACAUGUUGACCACCACCGUGACGCUCACGCUGCUCGCCUACCAGGCCACCAAGAUCGACUCGGUGGACGUGUACGCGGCGUCUGUGCUGGGCUACCUGUUCUACACCCUGGGACAGGUCUUCCUCUUCUGCGUCUUUGGCAACAGGCUCAUUGAAGAGAGCUCCUCGGUGAUGGAGGCGGCGUACAGCUGCCACUGGUACGACGGCUCGGAGGAGGCCAAGACGUUCGUGCAGAUCGUGUGCCAGCAGUGUCAAAAGUCGCUCAUGAUCUCCGGCGCCAAGUUCUUCACCGUCUCGCUCGAUCUCUUCGCUUCGGUGCUGGGAGCCGUGGUGACGUACUUCAUGGUGCUGGUGCAGCUCAAGUAGGCGGUACCUGACCUCUGCUGUCAUCUGUGGUGCCGCCAAGCAGCUGCAGGUGCAGAUGGAGAGGGAAGUGGAGUUGGGGAUCCACGAGCUGGAGUUGGGACCAAACGCUGCGGGCCAGUUGCAGAUGCGAUGUGGUCCCGCGGCAGUUUCAAGUGUCACUCGCAGAGCACUGCAAGUGGAACAUCACUACAUGGAAAAGUUGUGUUUCACGUCGUUACAGGCUUGUAUGUACGACCAGAACUAAUCUGGGUGCUCAGAUGGUGAAAUUACUUCUGUCCCAAGACCAGCACAAAAUCUGCGUAAAUAUUAUCAAAGUUACAGCACUUAUUCGCAAAUCCUCUUCUAUUAAUGCCCAUCCUGUAUUUAUCUCAGCGGAGAAAUAAGCAAGGUAGUGACUGUGUAGCACGGAGGCCAUUUCUGAGGAAAAGUGCGCCUAUGCAAAAUGUAAUAUAUCUACCCAUAUUUAAAAGUAGAAACGAUUUAAAUGGUAUACGAAACAUCGAUUAAGCAGCGAAGAUUUAUCAAGUGCGUUCAAAGGCUGGAAUUCACAGUAGUUAACGAUUUUCCAAUCUCAUUUCAUAUUUAUAACAAACACUGGCUGUUUAAGCUAUUACACAUGUCUAAGCAUAUAAUUGGGCUAGCUUUGAGGUAUUGUCCGACUCUGAUAGAAAAGAAUUAAUAAUUUUGAGACCAGAGGAAGGAAAACUUCAUUACGUCGGCAGAAAUGUCUAGUGGCCAACGUGAUUUUGUUGUAGGAAUACCGUAGUAGCUGGAGAUAGGAGCUAGCUCACGCAAUUCACUCCAGGUCUUUACAAUCGGUGUUAUGACAACAAUUUCUCGCCCUAACAUUAGUUAUUGAAUCACCUCAUUGGUAUGUGUGAUGUGUGAAUUUGUACAGCGUUCCCAUUUCGGCGCGCUCUCUUACACGACGAUAUCUUCUCAGUUCAUCCUCCGCAGCUUGAACCCUAAUCGUGCCUUUAUCGUUUCGACUGGCCUUGCCGCGCCUCUUCAAGAGAAUGAGGAUAAUGUUUCACACAUCUUGAAGGAGUAAAAGGUGUCACUUAAAGCGUGUUUGUGAAAACCACCUGAUCCACUCAGGCCAAACACAAGCACACAAUGGAACAUGGAGUUCUCCACGCAUUUAUACAUUUAUACAUAUUAACAGCAACUACUUAAAAAUUAUGCUAGGGUAACUGGCCCAGAAGUUUUGCGGCUAGAUAUCAGUCAGAGAGCCAGCUCCUCAGUAGCUCUGGUUGCAUAGCUAUCUUCGUGUUAGCUCUAGCUCCGUGAGUCUACGUAAUAAAUUUCAGCAUUCGCCUAUAUGAUUUUUGACAUAACAGUAAACGAAUGUUUUUCAGUAGUCGACAUAACACAACAAUAUUAAAUAGGAAACACUUUCCAGAUUUUCUGCAAAUAUGAUUAAGAUUAUAUUUCUGCUUCUUAGGCCGUUGUCGGACAGCAACUGAAAAUUGCAACCACAGAUAAAGUGACGCUCGAUAUUACAAAGAUAUUGCUAAUUUAGAUACAUAAAUCUGCCGUUUGUAGUACAGUUGACACCGUACUAAGUUGUCAGCUGUAGUGUAGGCGAUAGACAGCUACACUAGCAGUGUGUGCUAAUAAGCAAAUGAAAUUAACCCACUGACGAUAGUGAAACUUCAACGAAUCGUGUAUGAGUAAAAAAGAAGAAAAUUGUGUUUCCUCGGGGUAGAAUCCUUUCUAAGAACUAUUUAUUGUAAUCUAACAUUUGCACAACUGAAACCCAAUUUAAGAGGAGGGGUCUUUUGGUCAUUUAAAACUAAGUUGGCUACAUGCUUCAUACUCUUAUUUCAAGUAAAUCGACUAGUGUCUCCUUUCUGCUUCUCUUAACAGUAUAUUAAACGUCACCAUCUACUUUUUAUAGCUAGUUUUCUGAAGCUCUGUAAAAGCUGUAUUUGUGUUUCACAGUCUCCACCUUCUUUCAUGUUCUGGUAACAUAAUUGCUACAUAUCUUCCUCACUGCCAUCAUAUACUUAUCUACAGAUUCUGCGGGUAAUAUUGUACACGCCAUUCCGUAACAAAGGUAUGAUUUUGUGUUUACUAGUCAAUAAUGAUUAAGUUAUGUUAUUGUACAACUUUCGUGUACAGACCGUAACUGACGAUGGCCUAAGAAGCCAAAAGUCGCAUCGUGACAAAAUAGUAUUUGCAGAACAUCAGAAAAGCGUUUCUUAUUGAUAUUAGGACUUUUGAUUUAAACUGAUAACAAAACCGUAUGUUACAAAACUGUUUCCAAUCCUCACAGGAAAUAUCAGUUCCGCAUUUUCUACCAAAAUAUUAUUACCAUUCGCACAAAAGUUUUUGGAAGCAUUUUCGAACCGUCUUCAUGUUUAGGAAACCACUAGUUCCUGGUACUGAUGUUUACAAGUUCCUGUAACAGGAAAAUGCUGAGUGCCGGCGGUCGCAGGAAAUUGUGCUUCUAUGGCAUGAUUUAUCUAGAGGAGUACUAGCAGUAUAAUACAUACUUAACAUAUUACUGACCCUUGUACCUCGUGCUUGUUUAAUGUGAAAUUUCAAGCCGUUUUUCUCUACAGCCGGACGCUCAGUUACUGAGAGUGGGCUUUAUGGAACAUGGGUCAAAACUUCAAACUUACAAAAUGCGUAUCAGAAUUCAGCUGCAGUUUCAGUCUCAUCUUAGUGGUGUAAAAGACGUAAAUUUGCUUAUUUCGCGGACACAAACCAGCGUCCUACAAGAGGAAAUAGAAAUUUAUGUUUUCCUACAAUAUAUGUGAAUAACGAGUAUUCAAUAUAGAGAACACGAGCACAAAUCUUACGUUGCGAAGAAGGUGCUAUUUUUUCUGAUUUUAGAGGUCCAUUGAUAAUUUAUUGCUACACCAAUAAUCUCUGAUAAUUUUAGGAGAGACAGAGAUGGGAACAAAAGGUCGGUGCAUUAACAAAGCCCACACACAAUUUGACUAUAAUUCUCACAACUUCAGUGGAACUUAUAUCACGUGGUAGCCUUCUAGAUGCAAACAUUCAGCUCCAACAGGUAUUUGGACAACAGCAGGCGUCAUCCAUCUUCACGGUAUUAACGCUGAAGACGAAGUAAGGCACCUUUCUCUAAUGUAUUUGGCAGUUAAGUUACUUGGAACUGAUCACAUUUCAUGUCAGAAGUACGUAAAUGUAAUUUGCGUAUUUUGAUAUUAAUUCUAAAUUAAUGACAUAGUGCUAUGGAGUUGGAAUGGUAACUUAACAUUCGAACCAAACACCAAAUUAAACAAUUGUAAGAUGAUGCAUAUAAACGUUGAAUGACUAUUCGAUCAGUACCGUGGAAUUUCACUAUUUUUCUGUAUCAUAUGGAUAUCUGAGAAGUGAUUAAUUUUGUAUUGUUGUCAGUAAACAACCCUGACUAAUGUCUCAUGCACUUUUCGAGAAGAAAUUGAGUUCUGUACAAGCGUUAUAAUUUUAGUUUCUAAAUGCAGUUGAAUAUGAAAAUGUCUGUUACGUUCUGAUAUGUCAAUUUCUGUAUCGUGCACAUAAUUUCAUAUAAAAAUAUACAAUACAGAAAUUUAUAUAGAUUCUCAUACUGUUCAAAGCAACGUCUGGCCUAUUCAAACUGUAGCAUAAUUCCUGAAAUCACACUGCAGAGGAAAGCUUCCGUUAGUUUCAAGCUAAGGAGCAGGCAUUGUGACGUGCUCAGAUGAGACAAAUGUCAGAAAAAAAUAUCCUGCAGCAUGAAUAGGUCCGGGUUCGAGUCCUAGUCCCGCUUGCUGUAGCAAUCUGUCAUGCUGGUCGGUAAAAUAAUUUUCGUUAUAUCAAAAUGUAACGUGGCCAACGUUUCCCAAACUAUGCCGAGUGACUCUCACAAUACUGACAAACAGACAACACACUGACAUACUCUUGGGAAUGGUGUAACAUUCAAGCUCAUGCAGUUCCUGUCAAAAAAGUCAACUACAAUCUGAAAUCUUAAUUUUCCUUCAGUAUCCGUCACACAUGCGACAACAGUCAUUUCAACACGGUGACUAGUUUUGAGCAAUCACGUCCAUUUUCAGUCCACGGCCUUAGACGUAAGUGUAAUAUUACAGUUCCCCUGAUGUAUGUGUGAGUAACCACAUAUGUAUUAUUCUUCACCAUUAUUCGGUUGCUCACCAUAUUUAGUUACUCACAAGUACGUUGGUGGGAACUGUGUUAUUACACUUACGUCUAAGGCCAUGGAUGAAAAUCGUUGUGAUAGUCCAGAACUAGAUACCACAAGCAAAUUAUUCUUAUUUGAACUGUGACGUAUAUUAAAGGAAAAUACAAUUUUUAUAACCUAAGAUGUUGGUCCUGUCCCACACCAAUAUGUUGGGACUUCAUAAAUCAAAAUUUAGCCUAUGAUAAAGCAAUUAACAAACCAGCUUCCUGUAAUAAGAGUGAGCAGCCUGUAUAAAUUGUUUUUUACUUUCAGUUGUAGAAGUCCACAGCCACAAGCGGAAAAUUACGUCCUAUUGAUAACCAGCAAACAAUUUCUCUCAAGAAAUCAAUAACACUCGUGAAGAGCGAAGUACAUCACGGACAGGAUGUGUAAGAAUAAACUAUUCUGGCGACUGACAACACCUUACAGUUUCGUUCCUUACUAUUUUUCAGUGAUAAAUAACAGGUAGACAAUCUAUCAGUCGCAGUUCCACCCAAUAACAACUCCGAUUUGAUGGCGAAGUUUUCAACAUGGUGGGUGGGAGUUCUAUACGUUACACGGAAAUAUUGUGCAGUCACUACACACAAGAAUUGCGCACAGACCCUACGUUUAGAGAAGUUGGCGACAUAACAGCGAUAGUGCUGUAACUUUGAAAAGAAAUUAUGUUUUUAAAUUCAUGCAGUCUUUGAGCUGUACUGGAAAACGUUAUACUCUGUGAUAGCAAAGUAGCGCUCCCGUCAAAGUAGCGCAGUUUCAAGUGACGCACAAAAAUUUCCAUUUGAAUAGACGUAGUGAGCACUGUAAAAUCUACGUGUCUUACCACAUUUCGCAAGCACAAAAGCACCAACACCGGCUCUCGAUUUAUAAACACGCCAUGUGGGAGGUGAAGAGCACGUAUUUGUGCGUAAAUAACGCUCAUUCAGAAUCACUACUUUUUUUCAAGAAGAGUACAAAUGUAAGAUGGUUAUAUUCUGUACAAUAUAUUAAAGAUCACGUUAUUUUUGUCUAUAUAUACACAAUAAUUGUCAGCUUUACCUCAUUUCGAGGUUUAAUAAUGUACAGAUAGUGUUGA